AUGUCGAGUCUUGACUAUUUAUCAUCAUGGCACGCCAUUGAUGAACAAAUACAUGGCGACCCGCCCAGCACAACAUUUACGGCAGAUUUACCCGAGAAAUUCCAUCACUAUAACGCCAAAAUGUCAAGCAGACAGUUACGGAAGCUUCGACAGCAGCAAGAGCUGGACCGACAGGAAACGGCCCAAGACGAUGUUUCAGACGACGAGCCCAUUGGAAAGCCCCGCGCAAAUCUCUUUGCCGGCUUUGCCUCCUUUGGUGAUGGAGAUGAAGCUGAAGACGAAGAACAGGAGGAUGAACCAGAGAGCAUGGCUGAACUAGAUGGACCCCCGCCAGCAGCAGCUGACAAGAAGAAGUCCAAGAAAAAGAAGAAAAAGAAGAAGGCCAAGAAGGAAGAGACUGAGGCAGCCGCGCCAGGAUCCGAAGUGGAUGAGAUUGAUCGGGCUCUGGAGGAGCUCAAGCUGUCAAAAGCAGCUGCUGGCUCCGCUGGACAAAUAUCAGAGACAAGCCACAGUUAUGAGCGGGAACUCGCCAAUUUACUCAGCAUCAACAUGACACAUCUGAAAGUCAUUAACGAGAUGCGCAGCCUCUUUGGCCGCGACGUCAUUCAGUCAGCCAAUACUGAUAGCGACCCACAGGCAAACCAGCCGCGGCGAAACAUGCGCCAAGGACAACAAGCUGCUACACUGGAACAGUUUCUCAAAGGCAGGCCAGGGGAGAGAAUAUCGGAUGUGCUUCUUCGAGGCAACCCGUUUGUUCAAGGAAAGGAACAUUGGCCAAAAGCAUCGGCUGGAGGCUUGACCAUGGAGAAGGUGGACGACCUCCAGGACGGUACUACCGAGUACAAGUUCACGCAUGAUGCUACUUACGCCGCCAUGGAAAGACUCUUUUUCGCCCUUGUACAAAGGCAUGAUCCCAUGAUGCUUGUUCAGUUCCUCUACAGGCACCCCUACCAUGUGUCGUCUUUGAUACAAGUUAGCAAAGUAGCCAAGCAAGACCAAAACUCUGCUCUGGCAGGAGACCUCUGCGAGAGGGCCCUGUUUACGUUUGGCAGAGUCACAUUAUCUUCUUUUCGGAACAAGCUAAAGGAAGGUCGCGCAAGACUUAGUUUUCGCCGGCCAGAGAACCGGCAAUUUUGGUUAGCCGCAUACAAUUAUCUGAAAAGCUUGGUAAUGAAAGGGACAUAUCGCACGGCUCUGGAGUGGGCCAAGCUAUUCCUAGCAUUGGCUCCCGAGGAUCCGUAUGGAAUCUUGAACUUGAUUCCCUUACUUGCAAUCAGAUCGAGGGAGUCAAAAUGGUUCACUGAACUUGUAAACCAUGGGCUAUUCUCUUCCAUCAUGGCACUAAACGUACCAAACAGGGAGUAUAUCAGACAAACUGUGGCACUGGCAAAGUUACAGCUCAAGGAUGUGGAUGGAGCGAAAGAAGUCGUCGAGAAGGGUAUUGCCAGACUUCCGUGGCUCUACUGCUCACUCUUUAGUGCCUUGAACAUAGAUGCGCCAAAGUCUAUUUGGGCCAUUCAACCAUUGAACCCCACUGAUCAGCUCUACACGGCAUUGUAUAUCCAUCAGUUCAAGGAUCUAUACAACAAUACGGAAGCCACGUCGCUUCUAAAGGAUGUCGCAAGCUCGGUACCACGACCUACAGACUUUGAGACUUUACCCGAGUCGGAUGAGGUCAGACAACCAAUUGCCAGAUUCGUGUAUCUCGAUAAUACACCAUCACUCAUGGCGUUAGUACCACAUACACUGCUCCACGUGACGCCGAACUUUGAUUUCGACCCGAUUCCGCCGCCCGCCGAGGAGAAUGAUUUCUCGAAUGAGGAGCAGCACCUUCCUUGGCGCAACCAAAGCCUAGAAACAGAGGGCCGCAUGCGAGAUUUCAUCGACGCCCUCCAGGAGCUCGGUAACCCGGGUGCGGAGUUAGACCCCUGGGAUGCCAAUGGCGACGACUCUGCAGACGAAGGAGUUCGCGAAGACGAGUUGAGAGACCAGGUCGAGGCGAUAAAUGCACUUUUACGGCAAGGUGCUGAUGGCGCGCAGAAUGUUCCCGCUACAUUCCUGCAGAGGUUGACAGAGCUGUUUCGAGGGGAGUCACGGCCGGCACCCCCUCAUGAAAACCCAGAUGCUGACUACGAAAAUGAAGCAUUUCCCGAGGAGUCAAUGCCUGGGCAGUGGCCUGAUGAUGACUCUGGCGACGAUGACGAGACGCCGGCUCUCCACCCGGUGGUUGAGGAGCCGGGAAGGAGGGAGACGAACGGGCAAGAUCACGCCAACCCGCGACCUUGA